AACCCAUUUUAUUUAUACUCUCUCUCUCUCUCUCUCUCUCUCUCUCUCUCUAACUACCUCUAGAAGGCUAGAACAAUUCACCCAUCUCUUGAAAUUCUGAACAAUCAUAGGUUUUAGGAUUUUGGAAUCACCCGAAAACACUGCCAAAAAACCAAACCCCACCACAGCACACCCACAAUCGACAUAAACAGUUGUACUAUUUGGCAUCUCUUUUCCAUUAAUGCACCUAAAAUUCAUCCAGUUCCCAGCCUCAUUUAUCCACUUCCUUCGUCAAAACAAAUGCCACUGCUCUUCACCAUUGCCCACGAGAUCCCGAUCUUGUUUUGCCCCGUAAUUCAAUCCCAUGAAAUAUGCUGACAGUGUCACGGUUGGAUCCACUGGCUGUGCUGUGUACUAUGAUAUAAUGCUUGGAUUGCAACAAUGAAACCCCAUUUCCCUCUUCUAGUGGCGGUGUUCAUUGUUGUGGGAUUCAGAGUAGUUUUCUCUCAGGUAUCCGAUGAGGAGGAGAAGGAGAUCUUGCUCCAGUUCAAGGCCAACGUCACAAGCGAUCCAUACAACAGCUUGGCCUCGUGGGAUUCAAGCAAGAACCCGUGCGCAGAGUACAGUGGUGUUUUCUGUAACUCACAGGGCAAUGUGAUCAGAAUUGUGCUGUGGAACACUAGCUUAGGCGGGGCUCUAUCGCCCGCUUUAUCCGGGUUGAAAUAUCUCCGGAUUCUGACCUUAUUUGGGAACAGAUUCACCGGGAACAUCCCCACCGAGUACGGUGAGAUUCAGACACUGUGGAAAAUCAACUUGAGUUCAAACGCUCUAUCUGGGUCUGUUCCUGAUUUUCUUGGCAAUUUGUCGAAUAUUCGGUUUCUUGAUUUGUCUAGAAACGGGUACACUGGUGAGAUUCCAUCAGCUCUGUUCAUUACUUGUCGGAAAACAAAGUUUGUCUCUCUUUCUCGUAAUUCGCUUUCUGGGUCUGUGCCUGUGUCAGUUGGGAAUUGCUUGAAUCUAGUUGGGAUAGAUUUGUCUUUCAAUAACCUCAGUGGUGGGUUGCCUUCACAACUUUGUGACAUUUCAGGCCUAGCUUACUUGUCAUUGGGGAGCAAUGUGUUAAAUGGGAGUGUUUUAGAACAGUUGUCAUCCUGCCAGAGCUUAAUGCUUUUGGAUCUUGGUUCCAAUUCCUUCACCGGUUCAGCUCCUUUUGGUGUUCUUGGGUUGACAAAUCUUACUUAUUUUAACAUUUCACAUAAUGGGUUUGUGGGGGAGAUUCCAAAUAUUGGAACUUGUAGUCAGGGAUUGGAAGUUCUUGAUGCUUCAGGGAAUCAGUUGUAUGGAGAAAUACCAUCGAGCAUCACAAAUUGCAAUGCCCUUGAGGUCUUGGACUUGGGGUUUAACAGUCUAAAUGGCAGCGUCCCAACUGAGCUUCCGAAUUUGAAGAGUCUUCAGAUUAUUCGGUUGGGGAAUAAUUCGAUUAAUGGAACGAUUCCGGCAGGUUUUGGGAGCAUUGAGUAUCUUCAAGUAUUGGAUUUGCACAAGCUCAACCUAGUCGGCACCAUUCCUGGGGAUAUAAGCAAUUGCAGGUUUCUUCUUGAGCUGGAUCUUUCUAGUAAUGCUUUACAAGGAGAAAUACUCCAAACCCUAGACAACAUGACAUACCUUGGAAUUCUUGAUUUACAUGAAAACCAGCUCAAUGGAACCAUCCCAUCAAAUCUUGGGAAUCUGUCUCAACUCCACUUUGUUGAGCUUUCAGUAAAUUCUCUCUCUGGCCCAAUCCCUGAUUCACUUGGAAAUUUGAAAAAUCUUACUCAUUUUAAUGUCUCCUACAACAAACUCAAUGGAACUAUUCCUUCCAGCCUCCAGCAUUUUGGUUACUUAGCAUUUUUUCACAAUCAAGGCCUCUGUGGGCCUCCUUUGGAUAUAUCCUGCUCAGGCCAUGCCACAUCGAGAAAGCAGUUUAGUGCUUCAGCCAUUAUUGCUAUUGUUGCUGCCGUAGUGAUCUUAACUGGUGUUUGUGUAAUAACCAUUUUGAACAUGAAGGUUCGCAGGAGGAGAAGGGACAACGAGGCAGUGGUUGUUGAGAGCACUCCGCUAGCCUCAUCAGACUCGAGUGUCAUAAUCGGGAAAUUGGUUCUUUUUAGUAGAAGUCUGCCUUCUAAGUAUGAAGAUUGGGAGGCUGGAACCAAAGCUCUACUUGACAAGGAGUGUGUUAUCGGUGGUGGGUCCAUUGGAACAGUCUACAGAGCUAAUUUCGAAGGAGGGAUUACGAUUGCAGUGAAAAAGCUUGAGACUCUGGGAAGAAUAAGAAACCAAGAUGAAUUCGAGCAUGAAAUCGGACGGCUGGGAAAUAUUCAACACCCAAACCUAGUUGCUUUUCAAGGUUACUACUGGUCCACUAGCAUGCAGUUAAUUCUAUCUGAGUUUGUUCCAAAUGGUAACUUGUAUGAUAAUCUACAUGGUCUAAAUUACCCUGGGACUAGUACUGAUGUUGGCAAUCCUGAAUUAAAUUGGCCUAGGAGGUUUCGGAUUGCCCUAGGGACUGCUAGAGCUUUAGCGUACCUUCACCAUGACUGCAAACCUCCGGUCCUUCACCUGAAUAUUAAGUCCACAAAUAUACUCCUAGAUGAAAAUUAUGAAGCUAAACUGUCAGAUUAUGGGCUGGGGAAAUUACUUCCGCUGCUUGAUAACUAUGGCUUAACCAACUUUCACAACGUGGUUGGGUAUGUUGCGCCAGAAUUGGCUCAAGGUAUGCAAUUUAGUGACAAAUGUGAUGUUUACAGUUUUGGGGUGGUUCUGUUGGAACUGGUUACAGGGAGGAAGCCGGUGGAGAGUCCGGGAGUAAACGAGGUAGUGGUUUUGUGUGAAUAUGUUAGGGGGCUGAUAGAGAGUGGCACUGCUUCGAAUUGCUUUGAUAGAAGCUUGAGGGGUUUCGCUGAAAAUGAGCUGGUUCAAGUGAUGAAGUUGGGGUUGAUUUGUACUUCUGAGACGCCUUCGAGGAGACCAAACAUGGGUGAAAUAGUUCAGAUUCUUGAGUCCAUUCGAUCUGGAAUCGAUUAGGGCUGGAUUUAGUGGAUAGAGAGUAUUGAUUAGGGAGCUUGGCUGAACAUUUGAUUUGGGUAUCUGGGUGGUUGCAUAGUUUUAGGACAGCUAUAGUCACUUGGAGCAAAAUGAACAGCAGGAAUAUUCUUUUGCAUUCAUUUUAGAUAUUUCCUCGAUCAAUUAUUCUUGUAAGUUGUUCAAUAAAAUUCAUUCUUUUGUACCUCACCUGCAAACAGAGAAAUGUUUUUAGUUUAGUUUGAGUUUUUCAUUUUUUUGGGUUUA